GAAAGUAGUGAUUGAUAAUUACAAAGACAUGUUAAAAUGUAAAACGACAAGUUGCGUCUAGGUUUCUCCGUAGUAAAAUUAUGUAUGUAUUCCAUAUAUUAUAACCUCAUCUAUAUCCAUUUUGAUCCGAUCCCCUCCUUGAAUAUUCAGCCAUGAUACCCUCCAUACAUAUAUAACUUCUGCUGUUUUUUUCCCAUCAAGCUUGGGAUCCAUUAAUGGGGGCAAAUCUCUGCUGUUUCAGCCGCUCACGGCGCUCAGAACCCGCCGCCGGCGAGGUUAAGAGCACGCGCUGUUACCGAAUCAUCCCUCACCGCGACACCGAGGCUUGUGAUGAUAAGGUGGCCGUGGAGUAUAAAACUCUGAACGAGUACUUCUUGGCGUCGCCGGCCGUGAACCACGCGCCGCCGUCCGGGAAGGUUUUCGCCUACAAGUCCUCGCCGGAGGCGAGUGCCUUUCACACGCCGAGGGUCAGCCUAUCGUCACCUGAUCAACACGCCGGCGCCGCCGGGUUUUUCAGUCCGAGGCUUAGUUUUUCAACCGCCGAGAGGCUCGGGAAGAUCGAGGAGACUAACGAGAAGAAGGAGUUGUCGCCUUCCAGGAGUGCGAUGAUGAGCAGAAGCCGGAGCAGCAGCGGGAAGUUUAAGAAGAAGGUGACAUUUAAGCUGCCGGAAAACGCUGACGUCGUCGUGUUCUGCACCCCUCAUGAGUCGUUUGAAGAUCCAUGAGUCUAUAUGACAGACUCAAAAGGUCUGGUCGGUGGCUAGCUCUAAGUCUAAAAAUGUUCGAGAAUGAUUGAUCUCGACGGCUCGCCUGGAUACCGAGUAAGUAUGCAAUACAUUUAGGUGUCGAGACCGAGGGUUAUUCCCUAUCAAUAUUGUAAUAUUUAUAACUAAACUUGUGAUACUUAUACAUUCAAUGGUUAAUCAU